AUGCCGCCAUUCAAAGUCAAACAAGAGCAUUCCGUCAAGGCUGAGAAUGCUGCAUCAUCAACCUCGGGCUCACUGACCACAAAACGAAAUUUUGUUGGAGUUCGGGAUUUACAAAAGAGUGGAGCCUCUGCUAUUGAUUAUGCGAACAUGUUCAAACGAAAGACGACAUCCUCAAAAAGUAGUAGUAGUAGCAGUAGCCAUAGUACCACUGGAUCAUCCAGUAGUUCCUCUAAAUCCAGUAAUACCAGUGUAGAUGUAAAACCAAAUAGUCGUAAAUAUGAACGAAAAUCAUCAUCAUCGGAAAAGAAAUCCAGCACGAAACGAUACAGAAAAUCAUCAACCACUACUCCAAAGAAAAUUGAAAAAUCCGAUAAAGUACGAUGGACCACCUAUCGAGGAAAGAAGUGUGUGAUUCAUAACGGAAAGAAAAUAAUAGGCCCAAAAGCAAUGGCCAUUUACAACAAAUGGAAAGAAUUAAACAAAGGGAAUUCUGACACUGAGGAAAGCGCUUUUGAAAAACCCAAAUCAAAAAAGAAAACAUCCAAAACAAAGACGGAACCCAAAGCUGAAACAUCAGAAAAGAAGCCCUUGACAUUAAAGAAAAAAGGAAGUUCCACCACAAUGAAGAAUUCCACCAUAACAGACUAUCUUAAAAAAGAGGAGCCAGAAACAGUAGUGGUGGAAUCAAGUGAUGAGGAAAUUGAAUCUUUUGCAUCAGAUGACGAAUUUGAAGAUCCAAUCGAAGAAAUUAUUUCUGACGAAGAGUAG